GCCAGCGCGACGCCACGGGAUCGCAGCAGCGCAGCGCAGCCCAGCCACCCCGUGCGUCCCACGCCAGCGCGCAGACACGCCCCGCCCAGCCCAGCCGAGCAGCGAUCGCCGAACCCCAGCACCGGACCACCAAGCGGCACGAUGAGUUCUGACGCCCCGCCGACAGAGCAGAAGCAGCAGCCGCAGGAGCAGGAGGAGAAGACGAACGAGGAGGAGGAGCAGAAGAAGAGCGAGGACAAGAAGGAAAUAGAGGACGAGGAGCGCGAGCAGAUGCUGAACGCGGAGAACCGCGACCGCGACGGCGGCGGCGGCGGCGCCGACGGCCAGCAGCCGGAGGUGGGCGGCGUGCAGAAGAUGCGGCGCGUGCUCGAGGAGUCCGACCACGAGCCGCAGUCCGCCGGCAAGAAGAAGAUACCCAUCGGCGGCAUCCGCAUCCCGGGCUUCCUCCGCAGCCGCUCCCGCGAGAAGACCAAGGAGGGCGAACUGGACGGAGAGGAGGCGAAGGACCUGCUGCAGCAGGAGUCGGGCCAGCAGCCGCAGGCGGACGGCGCCGGGGGCGGCGAGGGAGACACCCCGCGCAGGCCCAAGCUGCUGCCCAACCCCUUCGCCAAGAAGAAGGAGCAUGAACUUGGCGCUGCCGGGCUUGCGUCGAUGGAGACUCUGGAUGACAGCAGCGCUGCUGUACAAGACGACGGCAUGGAGAGCGUCAAGCUCGACAUGGAUGAGAAGCCUGAUCCAGAGAAGUCUGGUGCAGAUGAAGCGAGUAAACAAGACUGGCGACAAAGACUACGUCAUCUUUCAAAGUUUCGUCUCAUAAUUGGUGGAGUUGCACUGUUUGUCAUACUGCUGAUAAUAAUAGUUGUGAUUGCUGCAUCUGGGCCAAGGCGAGCACCACCUGUUUCUCAUCUUAUAGAUGGAAUUUAUGUGCAGGCAGUUACGGGUUGUGGACCUGUUCAUGGGCUUGUGGAAGAAGGAGCGCACGUUUUUCGUGGUAUUCCAUAUGCACGUCAGCCUGUUGGUGACCGUCGAUGGCAGCCAGCUCAAUUAUUGCAGCACCUAGCAGACUGCUGGAAUGGUACUUUGCGUGCAGUGAAGGAAGCACCCCCUUGUCUCCAACGCCUUCCCAAUGGAACCUGGUUUGGUUCAGAAGACUGCCUUCAUUUAGAUCUUGUGACUCCUCGUGUCACAUAUGAUGGUCAGCUGCCUGUUAUAGUACUUGUAGGAGCAGAUACAAUGCUUGGUCCUUCCCCUAGUGCUCUGCGUACACCAUCACCUGAGCUAUCACGUACCCGUGAAGUGGUAUUUGUUCGCCCAGGAUUUCGUCUGGGCCCAAUUGGUCUGUUAGCUGCCCAUCCAUUGUCUACUUCAUCACGUCGUCAUACCUCAGGGAAUUAUGCUCUCUCAGAUCUAAUAGCUGCAUUGACAUGGAUCCAGCAUAAUAUUCACAAUUUUGGUGGUGAUCCAAAGGCGGUGACUAUACUUGCUCAUCGUGCUGGAGCAACAAUGGUGACAGCAUUAGCCACAUCCAAACAAGCCCAAAAACUGUUUGCACGUGCUUGGUUGUCUAGUGGCUCAGCAAUCUUUCCUGGCCAGCCACUAAGUGAAUCAGAGCGUGAAUCAAUGACAUACUUAAGACGGAUUCGAACUUGUGAAGACAACCUCACUGCUGAAUGUUUGCAAUCUGUGGAUGCAUCAGAACUUGUUGAGCUUUUGCCUCCUGAAUGGGAACCUCGACAACCAGGAUUGCCCAAUCCAGACAAUUCCACCCCCGAGAUUCACCAGUGGCUUGUGCUUGAUGGACACAUUUUACAGAGACAUGUCUAUGAAGUCCUGAACGAGAACAAUGUCUCUGUCAAAAUGGUUAUAGGAACAACUGCCCAUUCUGAGGGAAGUGAUGAGUUGCAUCAGAGGUACAAAGACUGGCAGAUAAACAAUGAGACUGUGAAGCAAUUGGAACAGAGUGAAGUUGGACGAAAAGGUCUUGCAGAGGAAGCAGUGAGACGUUAUGGAACCAGCUGGCCAGGAAUAGCAUCACUGGUGUCUGACAUUCGCACCGUGUGUCCACUGCUGCAUUUGGCAAGACAAACUGUUCCACCCAUUCCCUUCUAUGUUGUGAAGCAACCACGAGGUGAAAUUGCUGAUGUAGAUGUUGAUGUUGAUGCAAUAUUAGGUCGCUACAUUCCAAGAAACACCGAACAGAGGCGCUAUGUGACAGCUAUGCAGCAAGUCUUCUACCGCUUUGUUGCCCAAGGUGAGCUCCGCCGCCGGGAAGGUGGACAACAGGUGCUGCUAAUAGAGCAAGAUGCUAAUCCUAGUAAUGAAUAUCCUGAUUGUGACAUAUGGCUGAGUAAAGACAUUGUUCCAAGAUAUGGACGUGUAGACUGAAAAUAUUUUUGACAGAACUUGUGUGCUUUUGAGAAGACUUCACACAGGCAGUUCAGUGAAAGAAACAUGUAUUGCAUGGUCAGUUGUAUGAAAUAAUUACAUCAUCAGCCUGUGAUAUUUGCUAGUCCCUCUAUUCACUUUAGUUUGUUCCUCAUUUACUUUGAAAAUAAAUCAAACUGCUGGCUGUCAAUUGGUGGGUACUAAAAUUUUCAUCAACAGCUGCAUAUUUGAGACCAAUCAGUCUCAGGGACUUUUUGAUGUUUGAGCAAAAGGAAAUUAAUAUCUUGGGUCUUAUAGAUGUAUACAGUUUGUAUGGACAAAACUAUUUUAUUGAAAAACUUUGACUUUUAUAAAGAAACAUAAAUUUUCCAAUAUUUGAGAUACAAUAAAACUUUUUCUACCAUGAGAACCAAUAUUAGAGUUGUACUGACAACAGUUUUCACUAAAAAGUAUGGCGUAGCAAGCUGAGAAGAAGCUGAAAUACAUUCCUGAGCCAUAGCACCACCAGCAUAUGCAAUAGGUAAGCCAGUAAUUAAAUGGUUGUUUUUCACACCAAAAAUUAAAUUUCAGAAGACUUUACUCUCUUUAUUCCGUCACAUUAUUUAGAUGACAAACUGGUAUGCUUUGACAGUGUUUAAAAAAGUUAACUUCAAACAAAAGAGUCGAAGAAUUUGUUUUAUGUGGUCAAUUUUGUCUGCUGAUGAUGUAUCAGAGUGUUGUACAUAAGAAUGUGUUGAAUAUCAUGAUCAGAGAAUGUUUUGAAUAACAAGCAAAUGUUAAAUGCUUCGCUUGUACAUAUAUAUAUUACAUAUAUUUAGAAAGAAAAGUUGUCUUGUAAAUGUGAAUACUGUGCUGUUUCAUUUUACAGUAACAUAUUUUGGUGUAAUAUGUCAUGCCACCUUCUAGGAAACUACUUUGCCUUCAGCUAAAUGUGUGUGUAUAUAUAUAUAUAUGUUCGUGUAUAAAAUAGUUCACCUGACAUAAAACAUAGUUAUGAAUGCCAGUUGUUGUUGCAUUUACAUUUUCUUGUUGCCCCCUCAAGUUAGGUGCUCUGUGAAAAAGCAUAAGAAGAAGGGCGAAGAAAACAAUGGUCUGUUAAGACAUACAUGGACAUGAAUAAUUUAUGUCAUUAAAAUAUGAGGAUGCAGUGUAUGUGUAAAUAUUGUCAUAUUAAAGGAAGGCAUGAGGAAAAUUUAAUGUAUGACAGGAACUGUUAUUUUCAGCACUGUCAUUUCAUAUUUUGUGACUCUGACACUGUGUGGGUUUAUAUCUGAACUGCAUAUUGAGGUGUGGAAAAACAGUUUUUUAAUCUCACAUGAUGUAUGAAUUUAUAGUGUUUCACUGUACAGUAAGUGCUUUCUCUGAUGCAAUUUUGUCUUUGGUGUACUUAUAAUUGUCAAUCUAUUGAUAGCUUUUGAUGUUUCCAUUUUAGCGUGAAAUCUUCAGUGACAUCUAGUUUGGUACGGCAGUAAAUAUAACUCAGAUCACACAGAAAAUUUAGUUUAUUUCUCUCUCCAUCUUAGGCGAGGUGAUUCUUCACUAAUUUAAUAUCUGAAAUCAUCAAGGAGCAGGUGGACCUUUUCUUGUAUGAACUUCACAAAACUAAGAAAACAUCAGCUUACCAAUCACUUUAUAAAUGGUAUAAAGUUCAAAAUAUGGAAAAUCAGCUUGGUUUUAAAGGUUUCACCUGUGUGAGAAACUGAGAGAACAAAGGGAUUUGAAUUUAACAAUAAUAGAGAUUUCAAGACACAAACAAGAAUGGAAAUGUGUAGGGGCAACCACUACUUUUGAUGAGUAACAGACCAUUGGUUUUAAGCACAUACUCUUUUAUGUAGGUUUAGUACAACUCUCUCAAGGACAACAAAAUGCACACUGUGUGCAUGUAGAUGACACAGAGAGAGAGAGAGAGAGAGAGAGAGAGAGAGAGAGAGAGAGAGAGAGAGAGAGAGAGAGUGUGUGUGUGUGUGUGUGUGUGUGUGUGUGUGUGUGCGUGUGCUUGUGUGCGAUUAUUAAAUUGUUAAUAAAAAUAUGGGGUUAAAACAUCCCCAUGAGCAGAGAAACAUGGCACACAGAUAUAACCACAAAUGUAAUGCUAACAGGAAGAAAACUCUUUUAAUAAUGUAUGUGUAAUGAUUAGUAAGUCAUGUAUAAAAGACUGAAAAGUAUGAGACUAAAGACCAAGAGAGUAACUUACAGUGAUAAUAAUAAAUAUAUUCAGACAUGAAAAGGAAAUGUAAACAUACGAGAGUAUACCUCAACAAUGCAAGCUUUCACAUGUGGACACAUUGGUAUUCUCUAUGCUGUGUUGAAGUUUGUCUGUGUUCCACAAGAGACACUAGUGGUGAGUUAAUGAGCAAUGUAUGAUGUUUGAUGUAGUGUGCUCUCAUUCAUUAAAGCUUUAUUCAGUUUUAUUUCUAAUGUCAUCUCCACUCUCUUACGAUGGUUUAAAAUUUUCACAUAUGAAAUGCAUCAGUACCAGUCAUUUAGACACUCAUCUCCUCCAAUAUUCACACUUUAUGUUUAAAACAUAUGCAUUCAUAUGCGUUUUCAGAUAAAGUAAAUUGAAGAAUACAUAAAAGGCUUCAAUGGCUUUAGGUAUAUCUUACCAACAAAAAACUCUUCCAUUCUCUCUUCACUUUUUGGAUGCAUAGAAGCCUCCAUGCACUUACCAUUUGUCACCAAAAAAUGAACCCUUCUGCUGCUGUCUCACUUUUGCAGUAAUCACUACAAUAGUACCACAUACUUUUGGUGCAUAUUCACUGAAGGUUGUCAUUAGUCCAAUACUAUGAGAUGUCAGCUCUCCAUGAUAUUUCUAUCAGUUUAAUUGUUACUUUCUAAUUGUUUGACGUGAUGUAGGCAGCAUACGAAACACACAAAUGACGCUGCAAAAUUAGUGGCUACUCAACUGGCAACAUAUACUUGCAACAAUUUAAAGUUAUUCCAUUUUUCAAACAUUUACAACAAAAGUGAGUCACAAAAGAAGAAAUGGAAAAAGCCUACAGCUGUGUUGUCAGUUGCUUCUGGUAUACAUUAUUCUAUAUGCUAUAAAUUAUUUCAUAUGCUGACACACUGUUUGAAUAAUGUCCAUUUAUUUCCUUCAACUAUAUCAUGAUUAACAGACAGUGGCAGCAGAACAAUCAGUUGUCAUCACAUCCACACUUACAAACAGAGCACAACUCUGAGCAGUUGUUUCACUCAUGGCACUGUAGGCAGGGCAAUUUUCAGACAUGUUACAUCACAUUUUGCACCUAUGGCACAUGAAUGCUGUAGAUUAAUUAUCUUGCCCUCAGCAAAGAAAUGAAUGAACUUGGUUCCCUAGAAAAAAUGACAUUUCUAUCGAGCUGGAGACCACAGUGAUUGUUUGUUUCAAAAGUAAUUUAUUAUCUGGCACAAUCAAAUUCAUUUAUAGAAACACAUAUGAUUGUGCUGGAUAAUAAAUUACUUUUAUACAGUUUUGUUACUUUUCCACAAGUAUUAUUCCCUUUUUGCCUUUCCUUUUCAAAGUUAAUUUUUUUUCUGUUGACUGAUUAACUGAUUGUUAUUGGCUUUACUCAGUUUUGUAUCUUGUCUUAAGUUUAAUCUUAUUGCAGAUCUCAUCUUGUUAUUCAUAUGCAGCACUUUCUGUAUUUAUAUUCUUCUUCCCAAUUUGUCUUCAUGUCUUGCCAUUAAUUUCAUAUCACUGCCUGGUUAACUGCUCGUCAUUGCCACAAGUUUCCUACGGUAUUCUGUCUGUAACUGCAACAAGUCAAGUAUUCCUGUCCUGUCAUUGUGUUUCAGACAGAAUUUCAGAAUUUAUCAUCUAAACAUAAAAUUUCUGGUAUCUACAAAGGACAGUGUUUCAUCUGAAAGUUAUAAAGAUCGGCAAAGACAAAGAAAGACAAAGUUCUACAUCUUUCAUCCUCAUAUUUUCUGAGACAUAUAACGGACAUGAACUGUUUUCUCAUUACUGCUAUUAGCUCCCUAUCUUCAUUUUUGUGUUAAAUGUCAGAUUCAGGUGCAAAUGUUCCGCAGUUGUUCCAAAUGCAGUAACAAAAAAUUCAUAGUUCUGUAAUUUUAAAUAUUUUUUCUCUGUAUUGUAAUCUGUGGCAUUUAUAUUGAGAAUUAUAAGCAGCCUUGAACUAGGAAAUUUGAGCUGAUGUGAGAAUGUGUAAUUUAUUUUGCUGUAACUGUCUUCUUGCUUAGUGACAAUGUCUUUCAUUAUGAGGAUAAAUCUGUGUAGAAUGAAAUGAAUAUUGAUAUUCCUAAACAUUUACUUAAUAUUUGACUACCUUUACAAAAAAAGUUGGAAUGAAAGCUGCAUUCACAGUAUUCUAUUUGUGUAUAAAUGCAGAAGUGACUGAUGACUAGGUUUUGAUAGGUAACAGAAAACCAUUGAUCUCAUGAACUGAUGGUUCCACCUUAACUCAAGUACUUUUUUUCCAUGUGUAACUAAGCGCACAUACUAUGCAGAAUUUAGUGAAGAUUUAUUAAAGCCAUGUUAGGUCCAUGCUUGCUGUUGAAAUAUGAAUGUGUAUGGGAAUUAAAAUACAAAUGAUCAACUGCAACAAAACGAAGUACUGCUAGAGCCAAAAUUAUUUUAAUAAAUUCACAAAAGGUGUCCAUGUUCGAGAAAUUAAAAUAUGAGUAAUGACCUGCAUUGGGAUGGGUAAUACAUUAGCAAGUUUAUUAAAACAAAGUGUGGUCACAUAUGUUGAAUGCCCUUGUGAUUUUAAUUUGUAUAUGAUGUUACCACAUUUUAAUGUAUCAUGUUGAUAUAUUACUAGUUUCUCUAUAUUCUGAAUAAAUGAUAAACUUUUGUAAUAGGUUCCAUUUCAAAGACUAUAACAUAUAAUACUAAUUUUUUGGGAAAUUAUACAAUGACUGGUUUUUAAGUACUCUACCAAAGUGCCAAGAUCUAUACUUAUUUGUCGUUAUGGCACAGUAAAUCUAUAAAAAAGUCUUGUUUAUUAUAAUGUAUGGUAGGCAAGAAUGUCAUUAGAAAUUACAAUUUUCUUGGAACUGAGUUAUGUACUGUAAAAAUGUACUGUAUCUAACUAAGGGGACUAAUGCAAUGAGCUUUUUCAUUAUAUGUGGCAAAUUGUUUGAACAUGUCAUUGUACCUCUGCAUCUAGAACAUAAUAUUUAUGAGAUCAUGUACAAAAACCCAUCAUCAUUUGAGUUGCCGUAGUAACAUCAUUUAAAAUUAAUCUUUAAAUGAUGACUUUUGUACUAUUAUGUUUUGUAAAUAAUUUUUCAGAAAAUGAGACUAAUUACUAUGCUACUUUUGGAUCAAAUAUCUGUUCCUGUAAUGUAUAAAGUAUUUUCAAUGUUUUGCAGGUACCAAGAAAAACAAUUCAGUAUUCCAAAGAGAGACUGAUUGUACCAAUUUUUGAAUGUAGUGAUUUUUAGGAAAAAAAUUUUGUAUUUUAAGUGGCAUUAGUAACCUAGUGUCUUUGUACAAUGUUAUAACAACUGUACUUGCUAACCUAUUAAAGUGUAUGAUAUCCAUUAA